AUGUCUGGUACAAACUCUACAGAACUCAUUGCUGACGACUUCAAUGAACUGCGAGCUGUUUUUAAUGUAUACGACGAAAACGAAUCAGGCUCUAUCUCUACUUUACAUAUUCCAGAACUACUGGAAAAGCUUGGGCGAGAUGCAUCGGAAGAGCUUCUAAAUGAGCUGGACGACUGUACGGAUAAUAGCGGCGUGGUAAGCUUUCAAGAUCUUGCAUCGCUUCUUCGGAGCAAUGCACUUCGACAGCGAGAAAAGGAGCAAGCGUUGACAAAAGAGUAUCGCUUAAAGUGUGAAGGAGACGGAAAUUAUUUGGAAGCACAGCGUGCAGAUUCACAGCUUACAACUCUCCGUCAAAAGGAAUUUAAAAGGCAAUCCAAAGCGUUGAAAGUGCGUCAGAUAGCCGAGCGUCAGGACGUCCAGAUGGCGCAUGUUAUGCAAUUAAAUGACUUUAAUCGACAGAUGACGGAAAGACAUGCAGCUGAUCUUGUAGCAUAUCAAGAGAAAUUGCAGCAUGCACAGCAGAAAAGCUACACAGAGGCGCAAAAGAUGAAGCAACUUGCCGAUGACGUCGAAGCUGACGAACGGUCCAAGCUAAGCGAUGAGCUACUUGUGGUGUUUGCACGCAAAGAGACCAAACUUCGACAACAGCAACAAGCUGAGAUGAAAGCACUUUUAAAACGCAUUGAUGGUCGACGUAAUGAACACUUGAAACAGCGUACUUUGGAUUCAAAGCGAUUGAUGCAACGCAAUCGCAAUGUUCAGUCUGUUCUUGAGUCAAAGCAAGUGGCUGAGGCCACGCGAAAGAUGCAGGACAUCAAAAUGAGUCUCGCACCUAAAGAACGUACUGUUUCUCGGGGGGCAUUGAAUGUAAUUCCGCCUCAAGCGCGAGGAAGUCGUAUAAAAAAAGUGGCUUUAUCUCCGCCCGAGCAUUCAUCUACGUCACCGGUUAUCUGA